ACACAUACAAGUUAAACACUUUGGCAGUAACUAACUUACCAUGUCAACAUACAGUGACACAUGCCUCUUUUGUUGCUGCAUAUGCUGUAAAGCCACUCUGUACCCAUUUAAAUAAGAAGUGGGCUGACUUUGGGUUAAUGGAACUUAGUUUAAACUAAACUGUUGUAUGCUCGCCAUGGGGAGCUAGUUUAGAGUUUUUUUUGUCAGGUUGAUAAGUAAGAUGAUUAUCAUAUGCAAUAAUUCUUAUAUAAGAAUGGUAAUAUCGCAUUGAGAAGAAGAGAAAUAGGGAGAGAAUGGUAAUGUCACAGUUAGGCCUGUGCAAAAAAUGUGAUAGACCCGGUCCGUCCGAUAUAUCCGACUCAACUCACCCGAUAAGUUCGGGUUGAGAUUAAACGUGGGCUCGACAUCUCUGCUUUCGGAUGAAACCGCAACACCCCGUCACCCGCAAAAUCUAUGGUACUGGAUUACGGAGAAAAACUAAAAAGAAAGAAAGAAAAAAACUCUUUAAUUUCCUCUCAGACUUCAGAACUCCUACAGAAAGUACAAUAAUAUCAUUACUCUCCCUCACAACUUCACAAGGUUCACACACAUACACGCGUCACUCUCGCUCUCUCUCUCUCUCUCUCUGAACUUCAAUCUAAUCUAGCAAGCUCACCCAAUGUUAACGGUGGGGCACCGACCCCGCGGACCGUCACCACCUCACGAACCCAUGCAGCAAAAGAAAGCAGAAGAGUACACAGAUCAGAAAAAACCCAAGUUCUUCAUCAACGAUCACGUAGACAUCCUAAUAGAGAUCCUCAAGCACCUCGACGGACCUUCCCUCUGCGUCGCCUCUAUUAGAAAUACCUCCUGCGUCUACCGCCUCUGGGGCACCAUUUCCCGCAACGACUCCCUCGGGGAGCGCCUCUGCUUUCGCCACGUUUCCUCUCCUCCCCCCUCCUUCGUACGACCCGUCGUCGUGGCUCUCGGAAGCUACAAGCGGCUAUUCAUGGUCUGCGACGUGGUGCAGCUCUCCCUCUACUUAUUUUGCGUCGAUUACUACGAGAAGAGACUGGCGGAUGCCUCUGUUUCGUCGCUCAUGUUCCCAUGCAAGCCCGUGAACGUCUGCUUUCGCUCUGUUCUCCGAAGGAAGGAAUAAUAGUUGUCCUCAUUUUCAAUAAAAUAAAUAAACAAUUAUCUAAAAAUUAAUUUUUUUUUUUUUUAGCCGGGUCGGUUUAUAUUACCUUGUGUAUGCCUGCGGGCCAAUUC